UCACUUCUCUUCUGCUCCAUCACCUCAUCCAUGGCCAUGGCGGCUGUCCGCCUCCCAUCUCUCUCCCUCCUCCGCUACCCCUCCAAAUCCCUCCUCUCAUGCCCUCUCUCCCUCGCCCCACGCCUCCGCCAUCUCCGUCCCAGGGCCUCCGCCCACAUCUCUGGCGGCGGCGCGAGCAGAUGCAUCUCCGCCCGCAGCCUCGCCAAAGAAGAGGUAUCGUCGUCCGCGACGCCCUCGACCGACCGUAAGCCUUCCUCGAGCUACGAGGGCUCCGUCACUCCUCGAUCCGUGGACUUCAACGCCUGGUACCUCGAUGUCAUUGCCAGCGCCGAGCUCGCUGACUACGGCCCCGUCCGCGGCACCAUGGUCAUCCGGCCCUACGGAUACGCCAUAUGGGAAGCCAUCCAGGAGUAUCUGAAUGUGAAGUUCAAAGAAACAGGGCACAGUAAUAUGUACUUUCCUCAGUUCAUUCCGUAUUCAUUUAUAGAGAAGGAAGCUAGUCAUGUUGAGGGGUUCAGUCCAGAACUUGCACUCGUCACCAUCGGAGGGGGCAAGGAACUUGAGGAAAAGCUUGUGGUUAGACCAACAAGUGAGACCAUUGUAAACCACAUGUUUACUCAAUGGAUUCAAAGCUACCGGGAUCUUCCUCUAAUGGUUAAUCAGUGGGCUAAUGUCACAAGAUGGGAGAUGAGGACUAAACCUUUUGUGAGGACUCUUGAAUUCCUCUGGCAGGAGGGACAUACAGCCCAUGCCACAGCCGAAGAGGCAGAAACGGAGGCAUUACAGAUGAUUGAUGUCUAUAAGAAAUUUGCUUAUGAGCAAGCUGCAAUACCUGUUAUUGCAGGUAGGAAAUCGAGGGCUGAGACAUUCGCUGGUGCUGCAAGAACCUAUACUAUUGAAGCUAUGAUGGGAGACAGGAAGGCUUUACAAGCUGGAACUAGCCACAACCUUGGUCAGAACUUUUCUCGUGCUUUUGGGACACAGUUCACUGAUGAAAAUGGUCAAAGACAACAUGUUUGGCAGACUUCAUGGGCGGUCAGUACCCGGUUUGUUGGUGGUAUCAUCAUGACACAUGGAGAUGAUGCUGGCUUAAUGCUUCCUCCGAGGAUUGCCCCAAUACAAGUUGUCAUAGUACCAAUCUGGAAGACGGCUAAUGACAAAAGUGGAGUGAUAGAUGCCGUGUCCUCCCUCAAAGAUUUACUUCUUAAAGCAGGAAUCAAGGUCAAAGUUGAUGACUCAGAGCAAAGAACACCUGGAUGGAAAUUCAACUUUUGGGAGAUGAAGGGUGUUCCGUUGAGAAUAGAAAUUGGACCUCGUGAUGUUGCUAACAAGAGUGUGGUGGUAUCUCGAAGAGACAUUCCUGGAAAGCCAGGUAAAGAUUUUGGGAUAUCUAUGGAACCUUCAGUCCUGGUAGCCCAUUUAAAGAGCAGAUUGGAUGACAUUCAAGCAUCACUUUUGCACAGGGCUAUAUCAUUUCGAGACAGUAACAUUGUCGAUGUGAAUUCGUACGAGGAGUUGAAGGCAGUGAUUGCUCAAGGGAAGUGGGCAAGAGGUCCUUGGUCAGCUAGUGACUCCGAGGAGCAAAAAGUUAAAGAAGAGACGGGCGCAACUAUCAGAUGCUUCCCAUUCGAGCAGCCACUGGGGAAGAUGACAUGCUUCAUGACCGGUAACCCAGCCGAUGAAGUUGCUAUUUUUGCAAAAUCUUAUUAAUUUCUUUGUGCCGAUAUUUAAUUUAAGAUUCAAAGUUUGUGUAGAGAGAUUUUCUCUUCUUUCAUAAUUAUUCAUUCCUACUGAGUGAUCCCUAUAACAAUCAAGCUAUUCAGGCAUUGUUACAAAAGUAUUGGAGCGAAUGCUGCAGAUUUUGGGAGGGGAUCAACUGAAUUAGUAGGAAACUAUCUUCUUACUAGAAGAUUGCAACUUAUAUUAUCUCCCUACUUUCUAAGUUUUUUUUUUUAAAAAAAUUUGUAUUAGCGUCAUGAUCAUGGUUAGAGCAAAUACUCAAGAUUGGGCUCCUGCUCAUUGGUGUCCAUCUUCCUCCUAUAUGAUGAUGUGUAUGGGGAGAUACAAUCUUUUCUUGUUUCUUUUUUAUUUUUUAUUUUUAUGAUUGAGGUGUCUAAACUUUGCUCGAUUAAUCUUAGAUGGUCGGUCUUCCUCCUGAUUUGUCUAUCAGAUAAAUCCUAAGUACUAUUUAUGCACAUUUAAAGUCCCAUUUAAGAUUCAA